AGUGACGUCACGAGCAGCUGACCUGAGAGGAAGUAAACAGUGAAUAACACAGAGAAGGACGGAGACGAGGUUGGCUCUGCAGAUGGCGUCUGUAGUCUGCACCUUACGGGACCAUCAGGACGACAUCAACUGGUGUGCAUUCUCCGCCAAACUGUUGGCUACCUGCUCCGGGGACAAAACCCUCAGGGUGUACAAUGCUGAAGACUUCUCCGAGCUGCCUUUCUCACCUCUGAAGGGACACAGCUACAGCGUCCACUGCUGCUGCUUCAGCCCCUGCGGCCAGUUCCUCGUCUCCUGCUCCACUGAUGCGACCACGCUGGUGUGGUCCAUGGUCACGGGGAAAAUCGAGGCCGUCCUGGAACAUCCCGGCCGCAGCCCUGUUCGGAUCUGUGCGCUGUCUCCCAACGCGGUCCACCUGGUUUCAGGUGCAUCUGAUGGCACUUUAGCUCUCUGGGAUUUCCACUCUAAGAGGCUGUUCAGGACUGGAGGAGUGAGAGACACAACAAUGGUAGCUUGUUCCUUCAGCCCUUGCAGUCAGAUGUUCAUGACGGGCUCCACCUAUGGAGAUCUGCGUCUGUGGGAUCUGCGCUUAAACCAACUCCUUGCAAAGAAGGACGCCCACGACCUGGGGGUGUCCUGCUGCAGCUUCGCUCCCGGCAUCCUCAGCGGCAACCAAGUUGUGCAGUUUCGUUUGGCAUCUUGCGGACAAGACUGUUACCUGAAGGUCUGGGUUCUUAACAAGUUCCCCUCUGGAGGCUUUUACAUGGUGCUCCUACAUACACUAAUCGGCCAGACGGCUCCGGUCUUCUGCUGUGCGUACUCCUCUGAUGGGCAGCUGCUUGCGUCUGGCUCAAUGGACAAAAGCGUCAAGAUCUACGAUGCGAAUUAUGGCAUUCCGCUUCACACACUGAACCACCAUGAGAGGUAUGUGACAGCAUGCGCCUUCCAUCCAACAGCACCACUGUUCGCCACCGGAUCCAUGGAUAAAACCGUAAACAUCUGUCGGCUGGACGACGGGUGCAGGGGCAGGAAGCCGUCGCCUGGAAAAGCCGCGGCGAGCCGAUCGAAGCUGCUGGUCGCUGAUUGGUCGGAGGGGGACGUGUCAGAGUGGCUGGCGGAGGAAGGGCUCCAGGGAUUGGUGGAGAAAUUCAAGGCCAAUAACAUAGAUGGGACAGAGCUGCUGAGUCUCACCAAGGAGACGCUGGCGUCAGAGCUGGCCAUAGAGUCUGUCGGCCUGCGAGGUAAACUCCUGAGGAAAGUGGAGGAGCUGAAAAGAGGUUCAAUAUGCUCUGGGAUUCCUGACGAGUUUCUGUGUCCAAUCACCAGAGAGCUUAUGAGGGAACCAGUCAUGGCAGCUGAUGGCUACUCGUAUGAAAAGGAGGCAAUUGAGAAGUGGAUCCACACCAAGAACCGUUCCAGCCCAAUGACCAACCUUCCCCUGCUGACAACCUUCCUCACACCCAACCACACCCUCAAGAUGGCCAUCAGCCGCUGGAAGACCAGCCAGUAGCCUCCUCUGACCUGGUCGGCGUGUUUUCCUUCAGACAUCGAUAGAAAACAAGAUGCAUCUGCUUCUGCUUUAUUCUCACGCUGAGGUUCUUUGCGGAGGAGCCAAGCUGGAUUAAGUAAGGGUGAAGAUUAAGUGUACAUCUGCCCGACUCUAACAUCGGAGGCCGGCAGCUGCAACACGGCAGAGACUAAGAUCUGUUUGUCACCACUGUUGAUAAAAAGGUAAUAAAUGUGGAAUGAUCAGUUUAAAAAGUCACCAAAAAAUGAAAACUUUUCAUUAGUUGAUUUUUAUUCAAGUUCCACAGUUAUGUUCAUAUUUACUUUAUAAGUGGGUUCACAAUUAUGUCAGAACAAAUUAAGAGGAGGGUGAUAUGAUGAUGUUAGACCAUGAAGUACUAGAAUGUGUUCUGGAAAGUCAGAAAGUCAAAGCUGGUAAAACUGAACAUCUGUUGCCACCUGCCUACCUUAUGGAUAUUAUGGAAUAUAUCGGCAUUAUGAAUAUUUCCUUAAGUCUUAAUAUUAAUCAGCCCGAGCUGUGAGAGUCUGUUGUUGGAGAACACGGUGAUGUUAUUCUUUGCCUAAACUCUUUAUGUUAUUUAUUUCUAGAAACUCUGCAAUAACGAUAAUAAAUAUGUUCAUUUUCAGAAAUGAGACCUUUACCUGAAAUACCGCUGAUCACCACUUGGUGCAUAUUUUGAAGCAUCCCUGGCCUCUUAUAUUGACUUGCACUUAAAAUCUGUAAAGAGGAUGAUUAAAGUUACAGUGCCAAAUUUAUUGGUACCUUUAACAAAGACGUGUAAAAAAUAUUUUUUGCUUAAUAGAUGUAUAGUAAUUUGCUAAGACGCAUUUAAAAUCUGGUAAGAAUCUUUUUUUUUUUUACAGAAAACAUUCUGCUUUUACUUUAAAAUACUUGUUCCAUUUCGGUUCGGGAUCUGUUGUUGCGAUGUCGUUUCUUGGCGCCACAUGCGGGUAGCGACGACACCGGGCCAAAACAGCUUAAGCUUUACGUCUCGGGAACAUCUGUCAACAUCCGACUGGUAAUAAAUCAAUGACAUUCAUUAAAACUGUGUGACAUUUAUACGCGGCAAUGUAUGAAGUUUAAUUAAAGCAGUCCGUGUCGUUUUACUUUAAUGUGAAGAUGGACGAGAGUUUUUCCAUUCAUAUGCAUGUCGGAGCUCAAUCAAUGUUUUUUUUUAAUUUUACUGUAAAAGAAGCAGAUAUAGAAAUACAGUCCUUCAUUAAUAUAUAUAUUUUUUUAUUAUACCACAGUUAUAACGUGGCAACACUGUGUAUAUCAUAGUAUAACUCUGCAAAGGGUAUAUGACAACUAUGAACAUAAAGCAAUGUAAUAAGUCUCUUAAGGUUUAUCCGUCCUACAUUCUGUGAUUUCUCUCUGUGCGUCCUUUUAAACUCACGAACACUCGAUCUAAAUAUGUUCUCUGCUAUGUAAAAAUAAAUAACAUAACUAU